AUGCAGUCCAUUGAAAAGUAUAUCAGCGAAGGAAAAGUCUUGAAAUCUCGCAAAGUGUUACAUUUUGGAUAUGUUUUCAAUUAUGAUACGAAUGAAGCGGACGAACGAGCUGACUUGCCGAUUCCUGAUUCAUGUAAUUCGAUUACCGAUCGCAUGCUGAAAUUCGGCAUAUUUAGCAAAAGACCGGAUCAGUUAACGGUCAAUGUAUAUGAAAAAGGAAAUGGUAUUCCAUCUCAUGUUGAUACUCAUUCUUCAUUUGGGGAUACAAUUGUUUCUAUUAGUUUACUCUCCGAUUUGGUGAUGGAGUUCCGAGAUUUUGCAAACUCAUGUUCAGUAUAUCCAAUAUUACUUCCGCGAUAUAGUUUAGUUGCUAUGAAGGGAGAAUCGAGGUAUAAAUGGAAACACGGGAUAGCAAAGCGAAAAUAUGAUGUCAAUCCAGAAAAUAAUCGGCUUAUUCAGCGAACAUACAGAAUAUCCUUUACAUUCCGAAAUAUCGCUAAACAAAAGUGCCAAUGUUCAUUUAUGGAAUAUUGUGAUUGGGACCGUGAUGGAUCUAUGAAAAUACCAGAAACCGCUGAGCAAGGAAUCACCAUCGAGAAAAAUUAUGUCAGAACGGUUUAUGAAGCGAUUGCUUCGCAUUUCGAUAAAACGAGGCAUGCACAGUGGUGGGCUGUUAGCAAUUUUCUUAAUGAACUUUCACCAUCAUCUUUGCUAAUUGAUGUUGGAUGUGGCAAUGGCAAAUAUUUGAUACGAAAUAAUGAACUGAUCAAGAUCGGAUGUGAUCUUUGUUAUUCUCUCUGUGAAAUCAGUUUUACGAAAGGUUGCAAUGUUAUUUGUGCGGAUGCCUUAUCAUUACCUUUCAAGGAUUCUUGUGCCGAUGCUAUUAUCUCAAUCGCAGUCAUCCAUCAUUUCAGCACAUAUGAAAGGCGGUAA